GUGAUAUAUUCACGUAAAUCAUUAGUUCCGCGCUCACUAUUUUAUAAGCCGUUUCAUUUGUCUUGUUUAAAUCGAAACACCGCGAAAAAAAUCAACUGGCAGUUCGUGUGCAACGUUUAAUGGACGAGGAGAGCAAAAUUGUAACGUCGGAAAGGUCCAGCUGGGAUAAGCCGGUGGAAUUCGUUUUAUCAUGUCUCGGGUACGCCGUGGGUCUGGGAAAUGUCUGGAGAUUUCCAUACCUGUGUUACCGAAAUGGCGGAGGAGCAUUUCUGGUUACCUACUUCGUUAUGAUGUUCCUAAUGGGCAUGCCUAUAUUUCUCCUGGAAUUAUUGGUCGGUCAAUAUUCAGGACUAGGGCCAGAACAAGCCUUCUCUAAAUUGGUACCCAUUCUGAGUGGCAUUGGGUACUGUACUUUAGUAGUCAUAGGCUUAAUUACAGUAUAUUAUAUGGUAAUAAUUGCAUGGACGGUGUUCUAUUUCUUCGCAUCGUUCACAACGGACUUGGGCUUCGGAUCCUGCCACCACGACUUCAACUCAAUAGGUUGUUUUAGUGCUACGGAGGACGAAAAGUGUGAUGUAAGCGAAAUCUACUACAACAAAACAUGCAUGUUAACGACAGAACUCUGCAAAUCCCACAAUUACCCUGACGCCAUCAACAGAACAUAUUGCAUCAGUGAGGACGGCACACGCGUCCCCAUCUACAACGUCGUCAACAGAACUCUUGCGACUGCCGAAUACUUUCGCGAUUACGUGCUGGGCAUUGGCGAAGCCGACUGGUACAAUUUCGGGACCAUCAGAUGGGAACUGCUGGGAUGUCUUCUACUUUCAUGGGUGAUUGGCUAUCUGUGCGUGGUGCGCGGCGUCAAAACGUCGGGCAAAGCCGUAUAUUUCACCGCCUUGUUUCCAUAUGUGAUCCUGACCGCCCUGGUCGUGCAGGGUUGCAUGUUGGAUGGUGCAGUUGAUGGUAUACUGGUCUAUCUAACGCCGAAAUGGGAGAUGCUGUUAGAGGUCGAUGUUUGGGCCCAGGCGGCUUCCCAAACCUUUUACUCGUUCGGAAUCGGUUGCGGUUCAUUAAUAACCCUGGCGUCGUACAACAACUUCAACAAUAAUUGCUUGAAGGACGUGAUGAUUGUGAGUGCAGCUAACGCUUUCACUUCGGUCUAUGCGGGUUUUGCGAUUUUCGGCAUGCUGGGCUUUUUGGCGCACCAGAUGGGCGUGCCGGUGGAGGAGGUGGCCAGUGACGGGCCAGGUCUGGCCUUCGUGGCGUAUCCGGAGGCGAUUCUUAGACUACCCGCUUCCACUUUUUGGUCCAUCGCCUUCUUCUUCAUGCUCUUCAUUUUGGGACUGGGGAGUCAAUUUGCUGGGGUGGAGGCGAUAAGUUGCUUGGUUAUGGACAAGUGGCCGAAAAGUCGACAUUACCAAGUGUAUUUGACGCUGUCAAUUUGUGUGGUGUGUUUCCUGCUCGCCAUUCCGAUGUGCUUUAGCGGCGGAGUAUACAUUUUUACGCUUCUGGAAUGGAACACAGCAUCGUGGGCGAUCUUCCUCAUUGGGUUUGCUGAGGUUGUAGCAGUCUCUUGGUGUUACGGUUGUACGUUGUUUUUGGACAACAUGACCGAAAUGGAUAUGAAGAUGAGCAAACCUACCUGGUGGUACUGGUGGAUUUGUUGGGUUAUCAUUACACCUUUAUCAUUGUUGGGUGUUUUUAUAUUUCAAAUGGCUAAUUUUACAAGAACGUAUUAUGAGAAUUACGUUUUUCCUUUGUGGGCAGACUCUUUGGGCUGGCUUAUUGGUUUAAGCACUCUAGCUCCACUUUUUAUAAUGGCAGGAUAUUUGUGGUGGAGAGGCGAAUAUUCUGGGAUCGAGUGGUUCAGGCCGUCAGGUUGGAAACCGCAGAACUGGAAGACGGACAGUCAAUUAACCCUUAACAAGGACCAGUCAAAUGAAUCUAUUAAUAUAAGCACUUCAGUUAAAAUUUAAUCUGUGAUAUUUAUUAUGACAUGGUUUUGAUAAACAUAAAACGACA